UGCUCCAACUCAACUUCAUAUCUUUCUCCAUAAUGAAAUUUACUCCAUAAAUGGAGUAGUUUAUUUUUUGUUUGUUCAUCACUUCAUAAUGGAGUGGGAAAUGGAGUGGGAAAUGGAGUAGGGUUGGAGCAAUUUUACUCCAUUUUCACUUUUACUCCAUUUUGUCCAACAAAAUGGAUUCUUACAUUGGAGAUGCUCUUGAUAGGACGAAUAUGCGUCUAAGGGCUACAGAGAAUAUUAAAAAUGUCUUUAUUAUAUGUUUUAAGUAUCAUAUUUUGUUUUUUCAUCUAAAGAUAUGUUAAUUAUUUGUUAAAUACAGGACAACUAAAGCUUAUAAUUCUAUUAUUCCGACCCUAUUGGUUUACAUAAUACAAAAUGAUAUGAACUUAUGGAUAUACAGGAUAAUAUCCGUUAGACCAAACACAAAGGAGUAAUGGCUUAGCAGAUGAACUAGCAUAAGCUGGAUGGUAUCAGCCAGUUGAUAUGUGUUUUUUUUUGGUCGAACAGUUGAUAUAUGUUCAUGCAAUAAAGAUGGAGCUGGGAAUAAUAUGAGCCAAUAAGAAUCCAGUGGCAAGUGGACUCACCACUAUAAAUACUUGUUCAGACCUCCCUCUUUUCUUUCACAUUCAUCCCUCUUCCCUUUUAGUUACCUCUUUUAAUUCAAACAAGAAAUCACUCUCUCUCUCUCUCUCUCCAAAUUUCCAUUGAUCAAAACCAACCAACGAGAAAAACCGAAAGAUCUCAAGAACAAUCAUAAACUCUCUCAUUUUGGAUCCUCUGUUUUUCUCAAGAACACAAAAAAAUGUCAGUUGUUAUUUGUCAAGCGCAAGAAAAAACCGUCACCAAAAAUGAAAGACACGAAAGUUUCACCCAAAAAGGCAAAAUGGGUGGGUUGAGUUUCCUGCAAUCUAUGUCCGAUAUCACUGCCAUUGUCCGAAACGUAGAGGACAAAGCUUAUGUUCACCCCGUGGAGAAACGCUCUGUUUCUAAGCUGAGUGAGAAAAGCUUAGAGAUGUGCACUGAGAGCCUUGGGUCCGAAACUGGAAGCGAGAGUGGUGACGAGUUGUUGUUGCUUGCGUUUCAAGCAACCACUACUCCUAGGGUUCCUUUUACUCCUCAAGAAGAAGAAAAAGACACUGCCAAGAAAUCAACGAUCAAAAGUUUCCCGCCACCGAUAAACUUUGUUAAGGGAUCAAAGUAUAAUCGUGUGGUGAGAUCACUAGGAGAAGAUGGUCGUGUUGUUGUUCAAGCCAUGACAGUUUCGUCUCAGCCUCCUAACUUUAUAGCGGAACGUGGUGAAGGAAGGCUCCGUCUCUGUUUAUCACCGGAAAAUUCUUUACUUGGGCACAACCAUGAGGAAGAAGAAGAAGAAGAUGAAACUGAAGAGGGCAUGGAGGAGGAAUCUAGUGAGAACUUAGAGGGUAAAAAUGGAAAUAAAAAGUUUAGCAGAUUAAGCAGCAGAUGCAAGGAGAAUGGUCGUGAGCCUAAGCCAAUGCUUACUACUUGGAAGCAGCAGCAGUUUUGGGUCGCUACUUAAGACUUUAUUCGACUCGUAUAUCUUAAUAAAAUAAUUUAAAAUAUGGGUUUCUUGAUUUUAGUUUAUGUAUAAUCUUUGCUUUCUUGUAUGAGAUUUCUCUAUAGGUACUGGGAGUGUUUUUUAGUUCUACUUAUUGUAAUGUUAAAUGAGAAUUAUUAUUAUUAUUAUUGUUGA